AUGCGGGGAACCACGGCGAGCCCGCCACCGGAGCGGCGUCGUCCCUGCAGGCGCAGCCAGCGCGCGCCUUCCCGCCCCACCGCCGCCUCCUUCUCCGCUCCAGCAGGCUCAUCGCGGCACCUCGAGGGCGGGGGCGAGGGGCGGCCGACGAUGCUGGUGACGAAGAAGCUGGGUGCGGCGGGACUGGAGCUGCUAUGGGGGUCCGCCAACGUGUACUGCGCGUACGAGCUCACGCCGGAGGAGCUGCGCGCCAAGGUGUCGCUGGUGGAGGUGCUGGUGGUGCACAGCGCCACGCGGGUCACGCGGGAGGUCUUCAAGGCGGCACGUAUCACGCGCGGGCGGCUGCACGUCGUGGGCCCCGCUGGCAUCGGCACCGACAACGUCGACCUCCAUGCCGCCACCGAGGCUGGCUUCCUCGUUGUCAACGCGCCCACCGCCAACACCGUCGCCGCCGCCGAGCACGCCGUCGCGCUCCUCGCGGCCAUGGCCCGCAAUGUCGCCCAGGCCGACGCCUCGCUCAAGGCCUGGACGAACAUGACGCCGCCGCAUCCCGGCGCCACUGUCCUUGACCUUCGUCGCCUGGCUGAGCCUCGCGACGGCGACCUUUGUCCGCCGGCCUGUGCACGCAUGCAAAUUGUUCGAUGA